AUGACAUCGACAGACACCAAAGUCGUCGAACCAGUGGUCGCGGACGUGGAAAAGGCAGUUACCCCUCCUGCCACUGAUGUUGGAUCGCUCGAACUCCAAACAGACAAAGAAGAAGAAGCACAGCCCGACCCAUUGCUGGUCACUUGGGAUGGCGACAAUGACCCCGAAAACCCAUACAACUGGAGAAUGCUUAAAAAAAUGGCCAUUACGAUUCUGCUCUCAUUUGGCGGCCUAGUGACGCUCAUGUCCGGCGCUAUGCUUGCUCCCGCGCUACAAGACAUUGCGCACGACUUUGAGACGGACGAGGAGCACGCCCAAAUCUUCCUGUCCAUCUACGUUCUCGCGUUUGCCUUUGGACCCAUGGUCCUGGCGCCCUGCACAGAAGUAUUUGGAAGACGGCCCGUGUGGAUUAUUUGCGCCUGCUACUACAUCAUUUGGAACACAGCUGCUGGCUUCAGCAAGUCCUCGGGCGUGCUUAUUCUGUGCCGCAUCAUGUCUGGCCUUGGAGCUAGUGCCGAGUUCGCCGUUACUAACCCGGUGCUGGCGGAUAUCUGGACAUCUGACCAGCGCGGCAAGUCGUAUGCCAUUUCGACCUUUUUGCCUCUUCUUGGUCCUGCACUUGGUCCCAUUGUUGGCGGUGCCGUCACCCAGACCGUGGGCUGGCGAUGGAUCUUUUGGAUUCUCUCCAUCUUUGACGGCGCGCUUGUACUGGCUGGUCUCUUCUUCCUCCCCGAGACGUUUAGAGUCACUCUCCUCGACAGAAAGGCUGCGAAAUUGCGCAAGGAGACUGGCCAGGCAUACUACACUGCUUCCAGCCACGAGGCCCUCAGUGCAAGACUUACACGAUCUCUUACUCGACCCGUUCGCAUGCUCUGCACGCACCCUACUAUUCAAUUCAUGGGUAUCCUCCUCGCGUACAACUUUGGCUUGCUCUACAUCGUCUUGUCUACAUUUGCUCUUCUUUGGAUCGACCGAUACGGCCAAAGCAAGCUCAUUGGCGGUCUGCACUACCUCGCUCUUGUCAUUGGAUACACACUGGCGUCCCAAGUUGGCGGCAAGGUCAUGGACAAGACCUGGGCAUACUUGAAGAAACGUGCAGGUGGCACGAAGACAGCCCCUGAGUAUCGUGUACCGCUCAUGGUCCCUGGGGCUAUUUUGGUUCUCGUUGGUAUUUUCACCUACGGGUGGACGGCCGAGUACCGCACCCACUGGAUCGGACCUGAUAUCGGUAUUGCCAUCUUUGGCUGCGGUAUCAUUCUCAACACGCAGGCCAUGCAGGCGUACGUCACCGAGGCCUAUCUCGGACAUGUCGCAUCUGCCUCUGCUGCCUCGCAAUUCCUGCGCAGUGUCACGGGCUUUGCGUUUCCCAUUUUUGCCCCGGCACUGUACAAUGCUCUUGGCUAUGGCUGGGGCAACAGUGUCCUGGGCUUUGCAUUCCUUGCCUUUGCAGCCCCUGCUCCUAUUGUCUUGUGGAAAUUCGGUGCCAGAAUGAGAGCCAAGAGCACGAACCAUGACUAA